GUGUUCGUUUAAUCUCAAAGUUUGACUUCAGUUUAUACUUUAUAUAGAAUACCACAAUGCUUUUUAAGUUAUCAAUAUUGUUACUAUUUUUUACUAUCGCGGCUAGCUGUAUGAACCCGGACCAACCUAGUACUUCCGGUUCAGAUGAGAUUAUAGAACAAUCGUUCAAUGAUUGUAGAAAAUGGUUCACCAAGUACCUAAUGUACCAGAAUAGUAAUUUUACAAUGGGCCAUUGUGUGUUGUAUAUGGCUGUGACCUUACCGGAUUAUAAAAUUGCGAAUGAUUACUUCAAAGAGAAAACGAAAAAAGAUGAUGAACCUUUAAAUUUAGAAGGAUUUGUUGACCUCUUUAAAUACGUUUGCGAGAAGAAAGAAAUGUCCGUACAAGAAUGGGCUGAAAAGUUGCAAUCUGAUGAAUUGGUAAUAGAACAAUCGUUCAAUGAUUGUAGAAAAUGGUUCACCAAUUUCCUGGAGUGCCAACAUAGUAAUUUUACAAUGGGUCAUUGUGUGAUGUAUAUGGGUAUGUCCAUAAAGGAUUAUAAAAUCGCAAAUGAUUACUUCAUAGAGAAAGCAGGAAAAGAAGACGAACCUUUAAAUUUAGAAGAAUUUGUUGGCCUUUUUAAACACGUUUGCAAGAGUAAAAAAAUUACCGUACAAGAAUGGGCUAAAGAUUUGCAAUCUAAAAACUGGACUAUAGGAGAGGCGUUCAAGGAUUGUAAAAAUUGGAUUAAAAGCAAAUACCAAAUAAAUGACAGUAUUGUACGUAUUUCAACGUGGCAAUUUUGCAAGUAUAUGACUGAUAACGACUUCGAGCUUAGUAUCGUGGAUAAAAUGCUUUAUGUUGGAUAGAUUCACAAAAAUUUAAGGAACUUUUUAUGAACCAUUGUAGAAAAUACGACUUAUCCGUCGAAGAAUUCGCUGAGUUUAGGAAAGAAAAAAC